CAAUAGCGAGCCCCCCCACCCCUUUCCCCACACGCAGCUUACUCCACGAUAAAACCCUAUUCAGCUGCUCGGCACCGCUCUAAAAAAAACAUUACUGAUGCUUUGUCCUGCACGGAGCUGCCCCAGAGACUGAACCUUUGCAGCUAAGAGCAAGUCAUGCAUAAAUUCAAUCAGGUUAACGAGGCUGGUGGAAGGCCGCCUCAUUUUUCACCAUGGCCCCUUUCCAGUUUUUAGUGGCUGUCCCUAAAUUCUUUGAGGGGUGUAUCCUGGUAUAAAGCUUGUAGGGACUGCUUUGGGCAUGUAGGAAUGGCUUUGGGUAUACAGAAAACGCUGUGGGCAUAGAGGAAAUGCUUUGGGCAUGUAGGAACUGCUUAUAUAGGAGUUGCUUUGGGCAGGCUGGAAUUGCUUUGGGCAGGCUGGAACUCGGCUUUGGGAGGGGAGCAGCCCUGCUGCACUCACGGCCCCUCAUCCACAGCAUCACAGGUCUGUCCCAGACUCGGGUGGGGAGAGCCCCACCUGUGGGGUCCCUCACUGGGGACUGUGGGGACAGCUGAUGGGAUGCGAUAAAACCGAGUCUCAGCAGCAACUCGUUUUUUUUUUGGCCCGCGUUGAAGGCACAUAAAAUAACCAGCGAUGAAAAGGAGCAAAGGGUAGAAUCUGAAGUGAAUUCCGUUGAAACGGGGGUGAUACUGAAGGCUCCCGCUCCUCACAUCUUUUCCUGAUUUGCUUAUUUUUAUUGCUUCGCCGUCAGCUCGAGUGGAUUUCAUCGGGAGCUGGCAGCGCAACGCCGGUUCACGGGGAGGUUGAGCACACGGAACUCAGCCGCGCCCGAGGGUCGGUUUUGGGGCGGCGGCUUAAAUGAAACAAAGGCUCCGCAGCGACUCACGCCGAAUCCCUCCGGCCCUGGCAGUGCAGCUCCUCCAUUAUAUUUAGUUAUUAAUUUUAAACUGGGCCGGUUCGCCAAGCAGGGCCCUCAGCUCGCCUCCCUCCCCUCCCCCCCCCCCCCCCCCCCGCUGGCGUUGCGCGGGCCCGGGCCACGUGACGCGCCACGCGCAGCGCCGCCCGCCGUUGCCCUGGUUACGGAGGAAGCCGCGCUUCCCUGAGUCUGCCGCGGCGUUCCCGGAGGCCAUGGAGCGGCACAUCCCCGUUCACCCGCUGCCCGAGGAAAUUCGAAAGAUGUCCAGGGAUGAGACCGUGUGUAAAUACUGUGGAAUCAGCUAUUUGAUCCUUCAUGAAUUUAAGGUGAUGGAAGACAAAGUAAAAGCAAUGGAAAAGGAGAUUAAAUUUUACGAAGGAAGCAUAGAACGGGAAAAAGGACUUCAAGCAGAAUUGCAGGCUCUUUACCAAGACCUUGAACACUAUCGAGCUGACAGUGAAUCAAAAACAGAAAGAAUAAAAAACCUAACAGUGGAACUCAAAACCAAGCAAGAUGAAUUAAAAACUGUGAAAGAAGAUUUGCAGUAUUUCCAAGAGGAGAAGGAAGCUGCCUAUAAGCAAUCGCAAGUGCUCAGAAAUACUUUGGAACACCAUUGCUCAACUCUGAACAAGGCUGUCUCGCUGUUUCCUUUUAUUAGAAGUGAACUAGACAAUAUUAAAGAAGUCAUCUCCAGUAACCUGGAGAACUGGGCUGCCAUGAAAGAAGAAAUUUUUCUACAAAUAAAAACUGUUAGCAAAGAAGCUUUGACGGAAAUACCCAAAUUGAAUCAAAGAUUAGCAAAAUCCCAGAGAGAGAAUGAAUGCCUCCAAGAAAAAGUAAAACAUCUGACAUUGGUGGCCGACACAGUUGAGCUGAAAACUCAACAGCUUCAAACUUCACUUCAGCAAGGGAAUGAGCUACAAAGUAGGUGCCGUGAACUACAAAAGGAAACAUUAGAUUUAACAAAUCAAGUAGAGACGAUUGAACUGAAGCUGCAGAAGGUAACAGCCGAGAUGGACCACUACAAAAAGCUGCUAAUGGUGAAAUCAACGGAACUUGAUGUCUGUCAAAAUGAGCUGAAAAAAAUGAAAUAUGAAAAUGGAAUUUCUGAGUCAAGACUUAUGAAAGAGCUCAAGGAAAAGGAGGAAUCUCUUCUGAUUUCCCAACAAGUAUGCAAACAUCUACAGGAAGAAAUGGCUGAGAAAGAAAGGAAAGAAGAAGAUCUAAAGAGAAGAACCAGUCGAUCAGAAAGUGAGCUGGAAGCACUUAAAGCUCUUCUUAGACAGACAGAGGAGGAGGUGGUAAUGUUGAAACAAGAAAGGGAGUUAAUGCUGAUUUCUCAUCAGAACAGAACAGAGCAGCUGCAGGAAACAUUAAGACAGAAGAUGCGGAAUGAAGAUAACUGGAGGGAGAAGAUACCAGGAUUAAUAUCCAGUGCCACCAAUAGCUUAAGGAUGGAGACAGAAAUUCUUGAAAAGAAGCUACAAGAUGCUCAGAUCAAACUUGCAGAGAAAGAUGAAGAUAAGGAAAAAGAAAUUCAGAGCCUUAAAAGAGUAAUUACUGAACUCGAAUUUCAGCUGACGAUGGAAAAGAACAACAAUGAAUCAUUUUUGGAUAAUAUGAGGAAAGAAAUUAAACACAAGUCAGAUGAACUGGAAAAAUUAACCCAGGAGAGGACACAGCUGAUUCACAAUUUGAGUCAAGUUCAAGAGGAGAACACUCUCCUCCAGGAAACGGUACGCAGAGAGUGUGAGGAACGCUAUGAGCUGACUGCAGCUUUGACUCAGGCCAGAGAACAAGUACUGGAACUCAAAAAGCUCAGUGGAAACUUCCCGUUAUCGCCGUGUUCCCUGGCUCAGGGCAGCCUAACCUCCCCUGCUGCCCUGCUCGCUGAUUACGGGCAGAAAAGCCGCCCAAGCUCCGGCGCUGGGAAGGAAAUCAAUCUCCCUGGACAGUUUGGUAUUUCGAGAGCUGCUAAGGCACCCACCCCCGGUAAGCGUAACGGCAGCGUGGGCUUGCCGGCGCUCACCCCACCGCAUCCUUCGAGGGGGAGGGCGGCGUCGCUGAACGAGCCCAGGAGCAGGAUCGCUGCCGUUAUCAGAAGGCAACUGAGUCAGCUCUGACAGCUACACCCCCACAGCACCGGGGGGGGGGACCAUCCCAGAGCGUCAGAGGACCAUUUGCUUGCAGACCCCCUGCGGUCAAAUCUUAGCCAAGGCGCUUCAUGCGUUUCUACAGCUUCAUUUAAAGUUUUCUAUACUUCGGAUGCAAUAAUGUUUCUUUCUCCACUGCAUAUCAAGUCCAUUAAAUGUGAUCUACAUCUCAAGAGGAGAAAAGGAAAACUACUGUCUCUCCGAGAGGAGAACAUCUUCAAUAUGUAUAAUUAAAAUAAUUGCCAAUUCCCGCUCUUGUUUUCCCUAACCCCUUCCGUGGAAUUUUCCUCCUUUGUGUGUUUUCCCAUGUAACUCAAUUGCUCGUUUCUGGUGUAAAAAUGUGACUUGUUCGGUUAGAA